AUGAGAAUUGCCACCGGCCCUGUGCCCCGGAUAACGCGCAGCACGAACUAUAAGUGGUGGGUGUUCGCUUCGGUUGCGCUGGGGCUGUACCUGACGGUUACCGAUCAGUCGGGCGUCAACAUUGCACUGCCGCGAAUCGCGCAGCAUUUCGGCGCGGACCUGCCGGCGGUGCAGUGGAUUGCGCUGGGAUUCACGCUGAGCACCAGUGUGAUGUUCAUGCCGGUGGGACGGCUGUCGGACAUCUUCGGGCGGACGCAGGUGUUCAUGCUUGGGUUUGCCGUAUUUGUUGCGGCUGCUCUGCUGGGCGGGAGCGCGGUCGCGUUCCCUGUGCUUAUUGCGGCGAAGAUCCUCCAGGGCGUCGGCGUUGCCGGAAUCGAAGCGAAUGGGAUGGCGAUGGUCGCCGACAUAUUCCCGGAGAAGGAGCGCGGCAAAGCCAUCGGGCUGUACAUGUCCAUCAUCGGCGCGGGUGCGGUUGGAGGGCCGGUCAUCGGAGGGACGCUCGUAAGCCUUCUGGGCUGGCGGUCCAUCUUCGCAGUGAGCGCGGGCGUGGGCGUCGUCGCGCUGGCACUGGCUGCCGUGGUGCUGCGGCGUGGCGUUUCGGUGGAAAAUCGCCAACCCGCCGGUACGAACUUUGACUGGACGGGCGCGGGGCUGUCGGCAAUCGUGCUUAUAUGCUUCCUGCUGUCCAUCACGAACGGGCACAAGCUUGGCUGGUACUCCCCUGCGAUAAUGGCCGGCUUCGGGAUAGCGGCUGCGGCGCUGGCAUUGUUCAUCUGGUGGGAGGGGAAGGCAAGCGCGCCGAUGCUCGACCUGAGCUUCUUCAGGAGCAAGGUGUUCACGCUCGGUGUGUCGGCGCGUUUCCUGUCGUUUCUGGGCGGGUCUGCGGUGUACUUCCUGAUGCCGUUCUACCUUGUGCAGGGGCUGGACUUCGAGCCAAGCAAAGCGGGGCUGCUGAUGGUGCCCGGUUCGGCGUGCAUUGCCUUCUGGGGGCCAUUCAGCGGCAGGCUGUCGGACAGGAUAGGCACGCGCUGGCUGACGGUUGCCGGAAUGGCGCUGUGCAGCAUAGGUAUGCUGAUGUUCGCGCGGCUGGAUGUGGACUCGUCUGCGUGGGAGAUUGUGGUGAGCAUCAUAGUCGAGGGGACGGGGAUAGGGUUGUUCUCUUCGCCAAAUACCAGCGCGAUAAUGACGGCGAUAGACAGCCGCAAGUUCAGCGUGGCGUCGGCGUUUCUGAACCUGGUGCGAACCUCGGCAGGACUGAGCGGCAUUGCGAUAUUCACGGCUAUAGUGGUGUUCACGAUGGCGUCGCAGGGGUUUGAGCCGGACCUGUCUGGGGUGUCGGAGUCAGGAGGCAACGACGUAAGACUGGUGUUCAUCGCAGGGAUGAGCCGGGCGUUCGUUGUCGGCGCGGCAGUUAUGGUUGCGGCGAUGGUUGUGUCUUUGAUGCGGCCGGAAAACCCUUCGGUUCUGGAUGAAGGCUAA